UCACCUCUCUGAGCCUCAGUGUUCCAUCUGUGACAUGGGCUUGCAGAGAAGAUAAGGCACUGGACAGGUGUGAGUGGUACUGGUGGCAUCUCUUUGGGCACUGGCUCUGAUCUCUUUCUCUCCUUGUCUCUGACUCUGCCUUCUCUUUCACCUGCUCUGUCUCCAGCUCUACCUCUGCUAUGAGGAAGGUCCUCUGGGGUCUGUCGGGCAGCGGUACAGAGACGGGCGAGUUUCUCGCCCUCACCCCAUACAUCCCUACUCCAUGUUUCUGCCAGCUGGAAGGCUGACUUGGCCUCUUUCUCCCCAGCACCCUUCCCCCUGAGAACCCAGCCCCCGGUGCCCCUGCUCCUUGCCCACCCCCCCACCCCAGUAUCCCGCAGCCCUUGGACUCAGCCACUGUCUCCGCUGCCACCUCUGCCGUCCCCAACGCCGCCACCUCCUCAGGGCCAGCAAGAUGCAGUUUGAGAUGCACGACAACGUGAAAGGCAAAGCCAUGUCCUACCCAGUGACCAGUCAGCCCCAGUGCGCCAGCAGCUGCUACCAGACCCAGCUCAGUGACUGGCACACAGGACUCACGGACUGCUGCAACGACAUGCCCGUCUGUCUGUGCGGCACUUUCGCCCCCCUGUGCCUCGCCUGCCGCAUCUCGGACGACUUCGGGGAGUGCUGCUGCGCGCCCUACCUGCCCGGAGGCCUGCACUCCCUGCGCACGGGCAUGCGGGAGCGCUAUCACAUCCAGGGCUCUGUUGGGCACGACUGGGCGGCCCUCACCUUUUGUUUGCCCUGCGCCCUCUGUCAGAUGGCGCGGGAAUUGAAGAUCCGAGAGUAAAGAAGCUCCCCGCGCCGCCUUUUCC